GUUGGCAGUGAUUUCUGACGAUUUGAUUGGUUUAGGCAGGCUGACUACCGCUCAGUGCAGCUCGAAUCCGCUCUACACCGACUCAACGUAUGCAAAGGAAAGCCUAGGAACCAAAGAUUCACAAAGUAAAAUUUUAGGAUUAAAAUGGAAUCCAGAAGAGGACACACUAGGAAUUAGUAUGGAAGCAGUGCUAGAUGUGAAGAAUGGUAAAGUGACGAAGAGGGAAGUCCUAAGCAGACUGUCAAAGGUAUAUGACCCACUGGGUAUUGUGGGCCCAGUUGCAGUUACUGCAAAACUGAUAUUCCAAGAUAUCUGCAAGGAAAACAAGGAUUGGGAUGAGCCAGUAAGCCCAGAGAUUGAAAUGAGAUGGAAGAAAUGGAUGCAAGCUGUUUCAAGGUUGACUGAACUCAAGAUUCCCAGAUGCAUUAUGCCAGCAAUCGGUGGACCAAAGAAGAUUUCAAUUCAUGUUUUCGGUGAUGCAAGCAAGGCUGCAUAUUGCACUGCUGUAUAUCUUGUAUGGCACCAUGAAAACCAGUCAGGUGCACACCUUGUUACUGCAAAGACAAGGCUACCUCCAAUAAGGAAAGAGAUGACAAUACCCAGGUUGGAACUAACAGCAGCAAGGAUCGCAGCACGUUUGUUGAAAACAGUCAGAGAAACUCUAAAGAACUGGGAGCCAGAAGAGUUAGUUCUGUGGUCUGACAGCAGCACAGUGCUACAUUGGCUAGAGAAUCGAGGUCAAUACAGACAGUUUGUCCAGCGAAGAGUAGACUAG